CGCACGUGUUGUUAUUUAGCCCUCUCACUUUGUACCCCACAAUACUAUAAAAAGCAUAGCUCUUAAAUUGGUGACACACAGUUAGUUUUCGACGGCAAAAGUGAAUUCACAGAUGCGAUCUGACAAAAUGGAGAAAACUCAAGUCAAGACGAAGAGAAAGUGUGCAGAUAUAUAUAGAUGCAUAUUGAUCGUAUUCGUGCUAAUACUCAUAAUACUUUUAAAAUAUUAUCUAUACAACUAUACCAGUUGUAAUCUAGUUGGUGUCAAUGAUACGCGAAUCAAUAAAGGAACAAUAAUCCAAUUGCAUACAGAUAUAGAGAACAAAACUUUGACUCAAGUAACGGAAAAACAACCGGAACAUGAAGAACAACGUCGUACAACAUCGUCUCCCAUCGAUUUGGAGAAUUUAAGAAAAUGCACGUUUAUUUAUUUAUCUGUUUGCGUUCCAAAGUGCGAGCAGGAAGGUGGAAAACCUAUGUGCACGCGUGGUGUUUGCCGCUGCGAACAAGACGAUAAUAAUUGAUGGACUAAUGCUGAAAAUGCAGUUUUCUUUAGUCCAAAUCGCAUGCUUUGUUCUCGUAAGAUUUAAUGGAGACUUGAGAUUGGAACUGCA